CCUUUCUCAGAUAACUAGGCUCUCAAUCCACCACAUUAAAUACCGCUAACCAUGGCAUCCGGCGGGUUACACUCGCUUGCGACUAUCAUCAAGAGACUCGAGGCUACCACCUCGCGGCUCGAAGAUCUUGCAUCUCUGGCGACAUCGUAUCUGCCACCCACCGCUCAAGGCGCUGCUGGCACCUCUUCGAACUCGUCUGCGAACGCGGAGCCGACCCCCGUUCCCCCGCCCGCCCCUCAUGCACCCGCGCCCGCAGCCCCAGCACCCAUUAUCCCUACGGAGACCCCGGAAAGCGUGGUCGCGUACGAUGAGCAGAUUAUUGAAGGGAAGGUGAAGCCGUGGGUCGAGCUCACAAAGAGCUUCGCGGUCGCCUCCGUGAUAGACCAGGCUCUCUUGGUGGAGCAGGAGUUCAAGGACCUGCGCGAGCUGCUGCUGAUCGCGGCAAUAUGCAAGAAGCCGGAGCAGGCGGAAUUCGAGAAGCUCCUGGCUCCGCUGCUGAAGGACAUUGAGGGGAUCUCGCGCGCGAAUGAGGUCGGCCGGAAGGACAGGGACUGGGUUAGCCAUUUCUCGACCGUGUCCACGGCUGCGCCGUGCGUGGGCUGGGUCACCAUCUCCCCGAAACCCGCGCCUUACGUGGCCGACCACAAAGAGUCGGCGGAGUUCUACUCUAACCGCGUCAUCAAAGAAUGGAGGGAGAAAGACCCUAAACAUGUCGAGUGGGCGAGGGGAUACAUUGCGAUCAUUGAAGCGUUGCGCAAGUAUGUCAUGGAAUACCACACCACAGGUCUCGCAUGGAACUUCAAGGGUGCUACUCUAGAGCAAUACAAGGCCGCAUCCUCGGGAACCGCUGCGCCGACAGGUGGCGCGCCUCCCCCGCCGCCUCCACCGCCUCCACCCGUCGCCCCGCCGCCGCCUGCUGCUGCUCCUGGCGCCGCGCCUGCAUCUGUCGGUAUCGGCGCGGUGUUUAGCGAGCUCAACCGCGGAGAGGAUGUCACGAAGGGCCUGCGCAAGGUCGACAAGAGCGAGAUGACACAUAAGAACCCCGCACUCAGAGCGAGCAGCGUUGUACCCGCUACCGCGCCUUCCGCCGCAUCACUCGCAAAGAAGCCUACGAAGCCUAGUAAGCCGCAAGCCCUUAUGGGUAAGAAGCCUGCCAAGUUUGUGCUCGAGGGCAACAAAUGGGCAAUUGAAUACCAAGAGAACCAGUCGGCACUGACCCUCGACAACGUUGAGCUCAGCCAAACGGUGAACUUGUACGGCUGCAAGAACACGACUGUCAUUGUCAAGGGCAAGUGUAACGCGGUCACCAUCAUCAACUGCACCAAGACAAGCGUGCUAGUGGACUCGGUUAUCUCGUCUAUCUCGGUGACAAACUCGCCCUCCUUCGCGCUGCAAAUUACCGGCAAGGCGCCGACAAUCCAGCUGGACUCGACGGACUCUGGCCAAAUCUACCUGUCGAAGGACUGUCUGGAAGCGGAGAUCACGACCGCGAAGUGCAGCAGCAUCAACAUCAGCUUGCCUGUCGAGGGCGAGGAGGACGGCGUGUUCAACGAGCACCCGAUCCCAGAGAUGUUCAGGACGGUUAUUGUCGACGGCAAACUUGUAACGUCGACGGUGGAGCAUUCAGGGUAGGCGGGAUGAUUGCAGAGUGUCGCUUCAGCGCUGCGGUGAAUUUUAGGGGACUGGAUGCAUCCGAUAUUCGAUAUACCUGUCAGGCUGGAACUCUACGGUACUACACAACCAAGUAUAAAUUUUGUGCUUCUGCC